GCCUGCGGUUAACAAGUACUCCACGCCGUUUUUACUCCGGAGUACAUUGACAGUGCUGGCCCCGCGAUCAACUGACUACAAGAACAAUAUCCUAUUUGCUAGUGUUUUCACGUUAUUUUGAGUGAGCAGGCGCAUUUAUGCGUCGCCCAACACCUCAACCCACCCCGAGCGGGCCGACUAGCUUUGCGACAUCGAGAGAACGAGAGGCCCUGAAAUAUCUGCCGUCAUAUUGCUCGCAGGAGCCGUUCAGCCAGCAUUUCUCGAAUAAAACCCGGUACGAUGAACAUGUCGCAUGGCCUUCUCCCGACUCGGCCCUUACAGCCUUCACCCAGCUGGGCGCAUUGAAAACUGAGGCCCGAUGGGCUAUGAUUUCGCUUUUCGGCCAGAAACACCAAUAUAUCAUUGCUGAAGCCACACCAACAUGCGGGUUAUGGAGCGAAAGCGACGCGCGCGACAGGCUAUGGCAUGGCGCCUGCAUCGUUCCUUAUGAGCGCAGUUUCUGCCAGUAUGCUUUGGAAAUACCUGUUGCUGUUCAACGAAUAGAGGACAGUGUGUUUGUGUCAACGGACCUUACGGAGGAUAAUCGCUUCAAAAAUCUUCAAGGUGUUCUUGGUGUCCCCCAUGCGCGCUCUGUAGUCUGCACUCCGAUUGUGUCCCCGAAAGGUCUCACCAUCGGGUCUUAUACGAUAAUAGACGACAAGCCUCGCCCUCCAGUGAGCGAAUCAUUGGUGAAGUUUCUGAAGAAUAUGAGCCAGACAGUCAUGAAUCAUUUGAUAAGUUCGCGGGCCAAAUUCCAACAUCUGCGGGCGGAACGAAUGAUCGUGGGAAUCGGGAGCUUUCUAGAAGGAAAGAGCAGCCUUCGCAACUCAUGGGUCGAAGCUACCAUGGAACAGGAGAAGACCGAAGACGACAACGAAGAGGCAUUUGAAGGACAGAUCAAUCAAACGCAGCAGGACAAGCAGGUGGCGAAUGACACGGCGCAAGUUAUGCGACGAGGUAUAUCACCCUCCAACAACCUACUAGCACCACCGCGCGAUCGCAGCCGGCGCUCAAGUGUCAGUCAAUCUCGCUCGCGACAGGGACGAUCAACCAGCACAAAAGAUGGCCGAACUGGGCCCACCAAAAGUCAACCUGGAAAUAAGACGAAAAGUGAGGAUUUGUCAGGCCACAUAUCCGAAGCAUUUUCCCGCGCGGCCAACAUCGCCCGGGAGUCCUUGGAAGUAGAAGGUCUUGUCUACUUUGAUGCUAAUAUCAGUUCCCGCGACAGUCUUGUCGACUAUGAACAUUCUGAUUCAGAUGACUCUCAUAGCUCUCAGAGCCAUGACGAGGAAAGGGUAUCAGAAAUCUCUAGAUGCAAAGAACCUCACAAAUCCAAAGUGAAGUCAGAUCCGUGUCAUAUGCUCGGAUUUUCCACCACAAACUCAUCCAGCAUCAAUCACGAGCUUGAAGGCAGUGGGAUCAACAAAAUCCCCGAGUCACUCUUAAAGCGUCUCCUGCGCCAUUAUCCGCAAGGCAAGAUCUUCAACUAUUCAGCAGAGGGCUCGGUAUCAGAAGACGAUUCUACUGACAGCAAGUUUAAGAAUUUCUCUCAGAAAACCUCUGGUGUCCAGUACAGGAGCCAGAAGCCUGUGCGCAAGUAUAAGAAAACGCGCGGACUGGUCUUACGAGAAGACGCUGCCUCUCUACUCCUGUUGGCCCCUUAUUCACGCAGCAUUAUCUUUGCGCCAUUGUGGGAUCCCCAGAAGAAGAGGUGGUAUUCGGGCUGUAUAUCGUGGACCAGAACCCCGCACCGUAUCUUUACGUCUGAUAACGAACAGAGCUUUUUGUUUGCACUUGGGAACAGUCUGAUGGCCGAUGUCCACCGGUUGAAUGCUGAGUUUGCCGGGCGUGCAGCGUCAGAUUUGCUGUCAAGUCUAAGUCAUGAGUUGAGAUCACCGCUGCACGGGAUAUUCGGCACUGCAGAAAUUUUACGAGACACAGCUGCUACUCCCUCUCAGCUGGCAAUGGUUCAUACAAUCGAGUCUUGCACCAACACACUAUUAGAUACCAUUGACCAUCUGCUCGAGUACGCCAGUAUCAACAAGCACUCAAAGUCAACCAACCAUCUAUUGAAACAAGACACGUUGAGUGACUCGAGAUCUUCAGUCAUGCUUGAUGAGGUUUUCGAGGAGGUCAUAGAAAGCGUCUUUUCAGGUUUCACUUUUCUCGAAUUUGGAUCUGUUCUCCAAAAAGCAGCGACGCCUGGAGGCAUUGCACCGCGGGGACACGAAAACUCAGUAUCUUGUGCGAACCGGAAGGUGAUUCUGGAUAUUCAGCACGGAAUAAAUUGGCACUUCUUGACCCAACCUGGCCGUUGGCGGCUUAUCUUGAUGGAUCUUUUCGGAAAUGCUUUGAAGUUCACUCGGAGUGGAUUCAUUCUCAUAACUGUCGUUGCAUCUCCUGUUACUGCCCAACAAGAUUCAUUAGAAUCGGCAACUGAGAGCAAGAUCACAUUCACCGUGAAAGACACAGGGUCCGGCAUCGAUCCUGAAUACUUGCAGCAUGAUCUUUUCGAAGCCUUCUCACAAGAAGAUGUCCUCUCCAGCGGAAACGGCCUAGGCCUUCAUGUGACCCAACGAACCGUGUCAGCUCUUGGUGGUGACAUUCAGGUGUUCUCCAGAACUCAGUGCCAAAAAUCGUGAGUAUCUGCUCACGAAUUCCACGCUAGCCACCGAUUACAGAAGCAUUGCGAUCGCCAAUCCUAUGCCCGACUUCAGUAUGGGGGAAGCCCCGGGCGCCUGCGAAUCCCCG